AUGCACGUCGCUUCACUUCUCACUCUAGUUUCCACCCUGGUGACGGUCUCGGCAUCGCCUCGCUUCGGUACCAAAGGACAUCACUUCCGUCGUGCAGGCACCGGAAACGGCACAUCAAACCCCUUUGAUGGCAAGAAGCUCUAUAUCAACCCGGACUGGGCCGAGAAGCUCGAACAGACCCACGAUGCCUUCGUGACCAAGGGAGACAUCGUGAACACGGGUAAGGUCCGCACGAUCCAGAAUAUUGGCACGUUUGUCUGGGUUUCGGACACUGCAAGCCUGGCCAACAUCGACACGGCCGUUGAGCGUGCGCGCGCCAUCCAGGACAAGACGGGCGAGCAGCAGAUUGUCGGCCUGGUGCUCUACAACCUCCCCGACAGAGACUGUAGUGCAGGGGAGAGUGCCGGCGAGUUCAGCAGCGAGAAUAACGGACUCGCGCUGUAUAAGGAGACGUAUAUCAAGCCGUAUGCGGAGAAGCUAGCUGCUGCGAGCGACUUGACUUUCGCGGUCGUCCUCGAGCCGGACUCCCUGGCGAACCUCGUCACAAACUUGGCAAUAGAGUUCUGCGCCAAGGCGCAACCGGUUUACGAGGAUGGCAUUGCGUAUGCCAUUUCCAAUUUGCAGUACGACCAUGUCAACCUCUACAUUGAUGCUGCUCACGGUGGCUGGCUCGGGUGGGACGAUAACCUGGCGCCAUCCGCGAAGCUCUUUGCCAAAGUCGUCCAGAAGGCAGGCAAAAACACCAAGAUCCGGGGCUUCUCUACGAAUGUCUCAAACUACAACCCUUUCCAUGCCAACCCCCGCGCAAACUACACAGAAUGGAGCAACUCGUAUGACGAGAACAACUACGCCCUCUCUCUCUCUCCUCAUCUUGAAGCCGAGGGCUUGCCAUCACGCUUCAUCAUCGACCAAGGCCGUGUCUCGAACAGCAGAGCCGAGUGGGGUGAGUGGUGCAACGUCCACCCCGCUGGCUUCGGCAUGCAGCCCGGCACGCCGGUGAAUAAUACCCACAUUGAUUCCAUUGUGUGGGUGAAGCCAGGUGGCGAGAGCGAUGGACGCUGUGGGCUUGAAGGUGCGCCCAGAGCUGGCGCUUGGUUUGACGAGUAUGUACAGAUGCUGGUCGAGAACGCGGACCCCUCUAUCGUUCCAAGUGACGCUUGA